GCAGCGGAGAUAAGCUUCAGCUUUCCUCCUGCACAGACACAGAAAGCAAAUUCAGCACCAUGGACAGCGGGUUCCUCAAACUGGAUGCUGCCGAAUUCCUUGAAAUCUGGCUGCGCUUUGACUCUGAUGACAAUGGUUACAUAGAAGGUAAAGAGCUGGAUGACUUCUUCUGCCAUCUGCUUAAGAAACUGGGCACAAACGCAAUCACUACGGAGAAGGUUCAGAGGAUAAAGGAUCGUUUCAUGUCUGCAUACGAUGUCACUUCUGAUGGACGUCUGCAAAUACAAGAGCUUGCAAACAUGAUCCUACCAGAAGAUGAAAACUUUCUAUUACUUUUCCGACGGGAAACACCAUUGGAUAACAGUGUGGAGUUUAUGCGGAUAUGGCGAAAAUAUGAUGAGGACAGUAGUGGGUUCAUCUCUGCAGUCGAACUGAGGAACUUCCUGCACGAUCUCUUCUCACAACAUAAAAAGCUCAUUACAGAGGAUAAACUUGAUGAGUAUACUGAUACUAUGAUGAAACUGUUCGACAAGAAUAAAGAUGGUCGACUGGACCUUAAUGACUUGGCAAAGAUCCUGGCUCUGCAGGAAAAUUUCCUCCUUCAGUUUAAAAUGGAUGCAAGUAGUAAAGAUGAAAGGAAAAGAGACUUUGAGACUAUUUUUGCACACUAUGAUGUUAGUAAAACAGGAGCUCUUGAAGGCCCAGAAGUAGAUGGAUUUGUCAAGGACAUGAUGGAACUUGUGAAGCCCAGCAUCAGUGGCGUUGACCUUGAUAAGUUCCGUAAGAUCCUGCUUAACCAUUGUGAUGUCAACAGGGAUGGAAAAAUCCAGAAGUCUGAACUGGCAUUAUGCCUUGGUCUAAAAGUAAACCCAUGAUAUUAUGCCAAGUUUCCUUGUCAGUGUUUCCUUCGUCUUACGUCAGGACCCGCUAGUUUAUGAUUAGCCGCGUUCUGCCAACUAUCUUGUCACAUUGAUGAUUGAGGAGGAUAGGGACAUUAUAGUAAAGUAUACUAAUAAAAAGCAUGGACAGCACAGAUGAAAUGGAAAUGCAUGACAGCUCUUUGUUAAAUCAAACUAUCUUUCAUAACAUAGGUAUUUCUUAUGAGAUUUUGCUUUUCUUUAUAAAAAUAAAUGGGCACUUUUAGCAGAGCCGUACAAUUAUCCCAAUUGAAAUCUGAUGAUGAAAUAAAUAGUGUCCUAAAAUGAUAAUUGAUAUAAAUGUAGAGUGUUAAACAUGUUGCAAACUGUUUACUCCAGUAAUGAAGGUGCAUGUGUAUGUUGCUGUCAUAUUUGCACUGUUGUGAAACAAUAAAGUUUUAUGUUUUUGCAAAAUAAA